CCUCUGUGAAACUUUGGAUCAAUCAACAAUGGCAGAUGUCUCUCUUCCUCCCGAUUCCCUCUUCCUCGGCUUCGACAGCUCUACCCAGUCAUUGAAAGCAACUGUGUUGGAUUCAAACCUAAACAUUGUUAAAACAGAACUCGUUCAUUUUGAUUCUGAUCUUCCUCAUUACAAAACCAAAGAUGGGGUUUACAGAGACACAACUGUCAAUGGAAGAAUCGUCUCACCAACUCUCAUGUGGGUCGAAGCAUUUGAUCUCAUUCUCCAGAAGCUCUCUAAUGCCAAUUUCGAUUUCGGUAAAGUUAUUGCGGUUUCGGGCAGCGGGCAGCAACACGGUAGCGUGUAUUGGUCAAAGGGUAGUUCUGAGGUAUUGAAAUCAUUGGAUUCAAAGAGAUGUUUGAAAGAUCAACUUGAAAACGCUUUUUCGGUUAAGGAAUCUCCUAUAUGGAUGGAUAGUAGUACUACAAUGCAGUGUAAAGAGAUUGAGAAUGCUGUUGGUGGAGCUAUGGAGUUGUCACAGAUCACUGGCUCUCGUGCUUAUGAGCGGUUUACUGGCCCGCAGAUACGAAAGCUUUUUACGACACAGGGGGAUACGUAUAAGAGCACUGAGCGGAUAUCGCUUGUUAGCUCUUUUAUGGCGUCUUUGUUGAUAGGAGAUUAUGCUUCUAUUGAUGAAACUGAUGCAGCUGGGAUGAAUUUGAUGGAUAUUAAGAAACGUUGUUGGUCUAAAGCUGCUUUAGAGGCUACAGCUACAGGUUUGGAGGAGAAGCUUGGAAAGUUAGCACCAGCUUAUGCUACUGCUGGUUCCAUUUCUCAGUAUUUUGUUCAGAGGUUCGGUUUUGAAAAGAACUGCGUGGUUGUGCAGUGGUCAGGAGAUAAUCCUAAUAGCUUGGCAGGUCUAACUCUUAGUACUCCUGGAGAUCUGGCGAUCAGUCUUGGCACCAGUGACACGGUAUUUGGGAUUACCAAAGAACAUCAACCCAGUCUUGAGGGCCAUGUGUUACCUAAUCCCGUGGACCCUGAGAGUUAUAUGGUAAUGUUGGUUUACAAGAAUGCUUCUCUCACCCGUGAAGAAAUUCGUGACCGUUGUGCUGAGGGAUCUUGGGAUGUUUUUAAUAAGUAUUUGCAGCAAACACAGCCACUAAACAAUGGGAAACUCGGCUUCUACUACACUGAAAAUGAAAUUCUCCCUCCGCUUCCCGUUGGGUCUCAUCGUUACAUUCUUGAGAACUUCUCUGGUGAGUCUCUUGAGGGUGUGAAGGAACAAGAGGUCGGUGAGUUCGACCCUCCCUCAGAGGUUAGGGCAUUAAUUGAAGGUCAGUUUCUUUCAAAGCGGGCUCAUACCGAGAGAUUUGGAAUGCCUUCCCCUCCAAUCCGAAUAAUAGCCACAGGAGGUGCAUCUGCUAACGAGAACAUCUUGAGUCUGAUCUCAGCAAUCUUCGGAUGUGAUGUAUAUACUGUCCAAAGGCCUGAUUCAGCAUCACUUGGAGCUGCACUAAGAGCUGCUCAUGGCUGGCUCUGCAACAAAAAUGGAAGCUUUGUACCAAUCUCAAACCUCUACGAAGGGAAAUUGGAGACGACAUCUCUGAACUGCAAGCUCAAGGUAAAAGCAGGAGACGCAAACAUUGCUUCCACCUACGGUUUGUUGAUGAAGAAGAGGAUGGAAAUAGAGAACAAGCUUGUUGAGAAGUUAGGCCACUUCUGAAAAAACUCUCCACUCAAUAAUUAACAGCUUUUAGAAGAGUUGAAAGAAUAACAAGUUCUAUCUACUAAAACUAUAAGACAAAUUUGGCUUGUUGCUCAGAAUAAAAGCAGAAUGAGAUC